UAGAACCAUCAAAGUUGGAAAGGAUCUUUCAAAUAGAGUCCAGCUGUGGUGGAAGGAGAGAGCAGGGAGUGGGGUGCCUGGUAGUGUGGGGUAAAACCCCACAGCCCUGGGGAGGAGGGUGGAUGUUGCCCAUGGGGUGCCCUGGGAGCCCCCUCCCAGCACUGCCCAGCAGAGGGGCCAGUGGGUCCCACUGCCUCGAGGGCCUGGCACCCUUCUGGGCAUGGCUGGCUCUUCCCCUUGUCCAAGGGCUCCCUGCGAGUCACUCCCAGGCUCAAUCCUCUUAGUCCCUGUGGCUGGCUCAGCAUCCCCAGGGCUCUGGUGCUCAGGGACACAACCAAAGGGCAGCGCUGGCCAUGGCCCAGCCUGACACAGUUCAGGACCCCAGGGAAGGGCGUCUUACUCAAGAUGUGACCAGUUUUGAUCACUUGUACACACUGCAAGUCAGUCCCACGUGCCCAGUUUCUGUGGACAGGGUCAGCUGUGUGUGACAUGGAGGGUGGGGGGCUCUGAACCUCCGUCCCCGGCACUGGGGACAGACACCUGGUGUUCUCACACUGUUUGGAGUCAGCAGCUGUUAUGGGCUUUCUUGUCCCCCUUCCCUCACCCUCCAUAGCCCCUGGGUGGAGGGCAGCACCCUGCUGGCACUUCAGGCUCUGGGGUGUCCCUGUGCCCAUCUCCAUCCCCAGGACAGUGGGAUGGGUGAUUUCCCCCCGUGCCAUGUUAUCAUUUCCACUGUCCCCUUCCUGGCACACGGGCUCUGGCACACUGCCAGCACAUUUCCUUGGCAUCUGCUGCUGUGUUUGUUCCCACUUAUCACCCAGCCCUUGAUCUCCAGCCUUUCCACAGGUGACUCACGUGGACCGUGCGGGGUUGUUUCCCAAUCUUUCUGUGACAGUGUUUGCCUCUGCUCCCCCAAGCAUCUUUUAAGCCCAUAUUGGAAUGAAAUGCAUUUCUGAGGCUGAGAUCUGGGUAGAGUGACCUGGUGCAGCAGAGCUGGGAGGUGCUGGAGUGGAGCAGGACUGGGCCUUGAGUCCUGGCUUGGCACCGAAUCUGCCAGCACCUUCACCCCUCUCUGUGCUCAGAAGGGUUUUUCCAAAGCUGCUGCUGCUCCUGACCAAACCCCAUCCUCCUGGGUGUGGGGGGAAUCGCUUUUGGGGGAUGUCUGGACCCCACACCCCCCUGCAGGCUGCUCAGCUCUGGGGGAGUCACACUGGGCACUGGGGGCACACUGGGCACUGGGCUGCCACGUGUGACAGCCAUUGUGAAGCUCUGGAAAGGUGACAGCCCCUCACCGUGGGCUGCUCCACCACCCAGUGAAGGGAGUCCUGCAGGAGCCCCACUGACUGGGGCUGCAUCCCCAUCCCCUCUGCCCAUCAGUUCCCGGCUCCGAGGGCACCGUGUCCUCCUGGAUCUCACACCAUCUGCUCCAGGGAUCCGAGGCCUGCUCAGGGAUUUAACCCAGCCCGGGGGAGGGAGGGGAGGACUCGGGCAUCCCUCCCCAUUCCUGCCUUUAGGAGUUCUCCAGCUGCAGGUGAUUCCCCACUCCCAGGGGGGAAUUGGGGUACCUGCGGUGCUGCCAGAGAGGCAGUUUAGGGUACCCUGACCCACGUCGGAGCCCAGUGGCCCCCCCAGGCUGAGGCAGCUGGGCUGUGCCCGGAUUAGCGGGCGCUAAGCUCCUCCUCAGCAGCACAGCUCCCGUGGCACGGAGGGCGAGUGGCACUGCCACCGGCCAUGGGGACACCGCUGUCCCUGUGAGCCGCCGGCAGAGGUGUGGGGGAGCUGGCCAUGGCCCUGGCAGGGGGAGUGUGGGGGCCGCGGCACUUGCUGCAGUCCCCCCCCGAGGAGGACGGGGUGCUGUACGUGGACUACAAGCCCCCGGCCCUGGACAGCAUCCGCCUGCCCCGCUACGUCCUGUACCUGGUGAUGGCGGCCACGCUGGUGCUGGUGGUGGCCUAUGCCAUCGUGGGGCACCUCAUCAAGGACCUGGUGCACGACUUUGCUGACUGGGCGUUCGGGCCCAAGCUGGAGGAGGAGAAGGCGGUGAUGGCCGAGGGCACCGUGCCGGAGGUGGAGUGGUUGGAGGAGGACGAGGUGCUGGUGGAGCGGAAGGUGGAGGGUGAAGGCGCCGGGGUCCUGCCCGGCAUGGACGUCCCGCCGGCACUGCUGGCCCCACGCAGCUCCGUCUCCUUCGCUGACUCCCCCAAGAAGAGGUUCUUCUAG